AUGGCCCUCCAGUCGCCCCUCGCAGCACCCGCUGCACCUCACUCACAACGACAGGCACAGACGUUUGAGUUUACGAAGCGCAAGAAAUGGACGGAUAUUUUGGUCUCCGAACUACCCGACACCGUCCUUCUUAUCUUGGACACCGACAAAGAAAUUCAAUACGUCGGCCCAAAUACAACUGACCUCCUCGGCUGGCAGGUGGAAGAAUUAGUGGACACGGACGUCCUGGACAUCGUCAACGACGACGAUAAGAGACAUUUUAACAACCACCUUCAAAAUAGUUUGAGCUCUCGGCAAGACCUUUCUUGUCACGCUCGCUUGAAAUGCAAGCCAGUUGAUGAAGAGAAACAAGACAGCCAGAAGGAACUACUUUUCGAAGUUCGAGGGCAUGCAUUAUAUACUCCGAAUGACAAUGAGUGUAAAUGUUUCCUCGUCGUAGCGAAGCCAUACCCUAGCAGGAACAUGGCAGUUCUGAAUACUUUUCUGGAGCUGAAAAUCGAGAACGAGAGACUUACGCAGCGUCUUAAAGAACUGAAAGCGCAACAGGAUCUUCUGCCUGCAUCCGCUGACGAACAUGCUGCUUCAGCUCCGUUGACUACAAUGACUCAAUUCUCCGGAUUCGAGUUUGCCCGACCUCCGAGUAGUGCAUCGCAGUCUCCUCUCUCUGGUAGCGCGGCCGGCGGCAUUGGCACUAUACAUACCGGAUUCGUACAUUCUACUUUACCAAAUACAAACCCCAGAGAUGACGACAGUGAGGACGGAAGCAAGAGAAAGAAGGUCAAGAAAACUAAUGUACCUGCACAGCAAUAUGUCUGCGUUACCUGCGGGAGAACCGACUCGCCGGAAUGGCGCAAGGGUCCAAAGGGACCGAAGACACUAUGCAAUGCAUGCGGUCUUCGUUGGGCCAAGCGUUCAAAGCAAACAGACGACGUGCCUAUUCCGUACGUUCAAGGUGGACAAGGAUCACGAGAAGGUCACGACGGAGGGCGUCCAUCUACAUCAGCGUCUUCGAGUUCUGGAAGAGGAGGGCGAGGAGCACCGGUACCGAACGCUGCGUUAUCCGUAACGCCAACCGAACCACCACCUUCUUCGAGUGGGCCGCCUAAGCAGCACCAGCAGCAAGGACGUUACGAUACGCACGUGUCGGCUGCUUCGCCCACGCAUACGACGUUCGCUCCGACACCAAUUGCACCGGCGCCACCUAACCCCGGAGCCCAUUAUGGUAUGCAUGUAGGCAUACCUAUGUCCGCGCACCCUCAGAACGCCGCGAUUCAACCUUCACCGACUUCAGCUGUAGCACACCCUUUCUCACAGGCGCGGACGCAGGAACAGUAUCAUCAGGCCAUGUAUGACCAGCAGCAGCAUCAUCAUUAUUCGUGGCCGCCGAUGAACCAGCACCGAGAUGGGGGAUAUGGUUACUAA